AAAGCCCUCUCGCCUGCCCCUCGCCGCUCGCUCAGCUCCUCCUCUUGAGUCCAACCCGCCGCGUGUCUCAUUCAUCGGCAGCAUCGCAGGCUGGUGGCUCGCGGCGCUGCCGGGUUGCUUCGCGGAGGGCUGCAAACUCCACUUGAGCGGGCGAAUCUUUUGAAGAGAUGCACAGCUGAGCGCGGACGCAGGAGGAGGAGGGAGGAGGAGGAGGGAAAGGUCUCCCGCGCCAUGUCCUUGCCUCCUAUCGCGCCGCCACCUUCUGCCGCCCCCCGACUGCAGUCGAGGAAGCAACACCAGCCGUCGCCGCCCGUGGCGGCUCCUAGAAAGCCGAUGGCGGUGCUGGCGACGGCCCCUCUAGCUCCGGGCAAGCCCCCUCGGAAAGGGCGCGGCGUGCCUUCAGAGCGACCCGCCGGCUUCUCCAGUUCCUGGCCCAACGCCUCUCUGCAGAAGCAGCUGCCGCGCAGCAGAGCGGCCCAAGGGAGCAGGACCGCCCCGCCGCCUGAAGGAGGGGCGGCGGCAGCGGCAGCGGCAGCCGCCUUAGGCGCUGCCUCGUCUCGCAGCCGGGGCCGCUCGGGGCCGCCAGCCGCGGGCACGCGCUCCUGCGAGAGCCUCUGCGCGGCGCCAGGAGGCCGCGGGGAGGCUUCGCUGCGCUUCUCGCUCAGCCUUCCCCCGGAGGCGAUCCGGGUCCUACAGCGCCGAAGCCUGGAGAAGCAGCGGCCGCGAGGGCGGGUGGCCCGCUUCGCUUCCCCCGACGCCUCCAGGUGUCCUCUGGCGGGAGGCUCGUCGCCCGAGGGGGACUUGCGCGCCGUGCUGCAGGUGUCCCUGCUGAACGAACGCCACCGCUACGACGACGUGGAGUACGAGGAGGAGGAGGCGGCGGGCGACCCCGGCGCCUUUACGGCGGAUGAAGGGCUGGUCCGCAAGUGCACCGAGUGGCUCCGUGGGGUGGAAAGCGCCGCUGCCCGGGAUCGGGCGAACAAGAUGGACACCCUGCCUCACUUGAGCACCCUUUGAGCGGCCAGCUACCGGCUCCUCAGCCUUUCAUAGCCAGCGUGGCCCUUCGGCAAGGGCGCCCUUCCGCAAAAGCAUCGUUUGCGAACAAAAAUUCUUACCAUUCCGUUUCCCGGUUGCUUUCUAGUUUAUUCCUGCGAAAAACCUCACUUUAUCCUUGUGGGUUGUACUGUACGGUACUGUAGCGGAUUUGUCCUCUGUCGGCUCUGGCUCUUUCCUGGGGAGGUGGGUGUGGCUUUCUUUUUGUGCCUUUCCUCAACCACGGACGAAAGCCCUGCCAUUCUAUCACCGGUUGCUAAGGAAGCAAGGUGGCCUCACCAGGUCCAACAGUAGCGUUAUGUAAAAUGCACUUCUAAGGGAUUAUGACGCUCCACUCAACACCAUCUCUUUGCCGAUGGCACAUGGGAAAGGUGCUUACCAUGGUCCCCAGGAUGAUAAGUGUCAAAUAUGUCUGCCAGAAAAGCCCAUUCACUUGGCUGGAAGUCUGCUUCACUUCUAAAUGGAUUCUUUAUCCAGCAUUUAAAAAAUCCUGUCAUUUCAUAAUGUUAAGGAAAAAGAGACAGGAGUGCAACUUGUGUAUUAGUCUUUGCUAAGCUAGUAUAAUUUUUUGAAUAUGAAAGAUGAGAAUGGUGAAAGAAGUUUGAUGCCUCAGUGUAUAGGUUUUACUAAAACCAGCCAAAUAUGAGUGCUCAAUUCUUUCAUCUGUCACCUUGUUAUAACACAGUGAUUAAUUUUAAUAGUCUUUGUAAAGAUUGAGGAUUUAGUGUAAUCUGAAUGUGUUCCAAAUAUGUUUGGAACAGGUUCACCUUACUGAAAAAUGCAUUCUGAGAUCCAGGGGAGGCAAAGGAAGACUCAAGAAACUUUCUUCAUGGUUUAUUUCAACUUUCAGGGUGUGCCCUGAGGGUGACUGUGGAGUUUAUGAAUUCACUUUCAUUCUACACAACAGAGAUAAAAAGAAACACUCUGUCUCUGUUCAAAGUGUUCUGAAUGAAAAUAUUUUUUUUAUUAGUACUUUGUAAAUAGAGAAUAGCACAGUGAUUUUGUAAAUCUGUAACAUUUCUAUUUAUUUGAAUAAACAGUAAAAUUU